AUUUCCCUCCCAACUCGCCAUCGAUGGGAAACAAAGGGGCCGGAGCCCUCAAUACUCCACAGCAACCGAUUCUAGGGCUCAGCAUUCAUAAAAUCCACCGUCCCAGAUCGUAAUUCUGUAAAUUCCUCGCCGGAGAAGCGUUACCCCCACCGUCAACCACUGUUUGGGACUGAUUAGCUCGCAUUUUGUUGUUAAUUAUGAUUACUCAUCAAAUUUCAUCAUUGAGAAUUUGAUGACAAUUAAGGUGAUUCGAGUUGAGGAAUGAGUGCAAACAGAAAUGUAGGUUAAUGGGUGGGUUUUAGAGCCGUCCCUCCUGAUAAUUUGUUGAGGAUGGAAGUUUGACCUAGAACUGCUAUUUUUCUUCGUUGAUUUUUUUUAAUGAAAAGAUGGGACUGUGUUUCUUCUGAAUCUGCACCAUUGAUGACUUCCAUGGACAGCUCUUUCUGAUGAUAAUAUUGGAGUAGAAUUUUGCUGCUGUUUCUCAUUAGUAAUUGAGUUCGUUUAAUCGAGGAACAGAUAUGGGAAGCCAAGAAAAUGUUAAACAUAUUGAGGAGUGCUCAGUUUCAAAUGCAUUGGGCACUUGGGUAUUCUCAGUAGCAGGAGCAUUGCUAGCAAUUCCAGUGGGAAUAAAGAGGAAAUCGCUUGCACCCCUUGUGUUUUUUGGCACAACUGGUACAAUGCUGGACAUUAUAAUGGGAAUUAGUGCCUGUGAAAGAGAACAUGCCGAGCGUCAAAUGAAGCUAUUAGAAGAAGCUCAAAACUCUGCAGCCGAAGCCUCUCUUAACGAUUCCGAAUCCCAUUCUUGAUAUCAUCCUUACAUGGUUGUACCACUCGCUCGUGUCGUGCCUAACGCCCUUUUCUUCCUCAGCUGUGUUAGAUGGCAUGGCCCUUGGCUGAGUUUGUUCAGCCUUCUUUCAAACCACAAUGACAUUGCAUGAGUUAUGGCUUCACGAAAUCAACUGCCUUGACUUUAUGCAUUUGCAAUAAAAUUGUACUUGUUACCAAAAUACAAAUUCUUAUGUGCAUUUAGCUUUUCUAUAUGACUUUGAGAAUAUGGUUUCUUUAUUCCCUUGAAGAACUCACAGUUUCAGAAGUAAAUAGGUGGAAAUUCUGAUGAAUAUUUAUGUUCA